AUGGGAAUUAUUGGAAGUGGAUGUGAAGUCAUGCAAUAUGCAUGGCCCAAGAUCACUGUAUCCUUCUCCAUCCGAGAGAAUGGUGAGACGGUACCGUCAGACUUGGAAGACCCACCGGUAGUGCUCUUUGGACCCCACCGAUCUUGGAAGGGGCUCCUCAACACUUACCCAGUAGAUUUGUUGGUGAUCGAGCGAGGUAACUACAAGCAACCCAGUGGUAGCCCCCGUCGAGAACCAUGGGAGGACAUGGUGGAGUCCGUGCCUCCCGAAAAGCGACCAAAACUCGUCAUUGAAUGUUGGCGCUCUGAUCCAACUCUAUGGCAAUAUGGCCCAACCAGCAAGGCAACCACCACCAGAUGGAGAGACAUUGGCUACUACGUCAAUUGCCAAACUAUCAAUGCAACUUCCAUCGGUGGAGCCAUCAACCAAGAGAGACCCCUAGUGGCCCGCACUCGAGCUGACAUUGGAGCACAAUGGGUGUGGGACAACCUGGACAGAGAUCUAGCUGUGAUUCGACCCAUGGAAAAUCUACUCACACCACCCGGUUUGGUACCAAGAGGCUCCUACUCUAACAACGGCACCAACCACACUCCGUAUUCACUACACGACCCUAUGCCCAACCAAAUAGGAGCAUACAUUUGCACUGAAAAAGGAGUUCGGAGAUUUUGA